GAAAUUAUUUUCAGAAAUUGCCAAAUAUUACGAUCGAGUAUACGCCUGUUAGUGAAACGAAUGUGGAAACUUCGCCAGAGAUGGAAUUUUAUCUACCACUAGAUACCGAAUGGGAAUUUCCACGAGAAAAAUUGGUUUUAGGAAGAUUUCUAGGUGAAGGAGAAUUCGGAAGAGUUGUUGAAAGCGAAGCUUCGGGCAUCAUAGAUGAUAAUAUUACCACGACUGUGGCUGUUAAAAUGUUGAAAGUAAAACAUUCCGAUGCAGAUAUGAUUAAUUUAGUAUCAGAAUUGGAAAUCAUGAAACUAAUUGGAAUGCACCCCAAUGUUUUACGUUUGCUCGGAUGCUGCACUCAAAAUGGCCCUCUACUGAUCAUCACAGAAUAUGCAGUUCAUGGAAACCUACUGAGCUUUCUUCACAAGCAUGUUGCUUCUGAAAAUUUUGAAACAGUACCAAGCGAGCUAUCUCAAAGGACUUUGGUUACAUUUGGUCUGCAAGUUGCUCAAGGGAUGGAAUACUUGUCUUCUAUGAAAUGUGUGCAUCGAGAUCUUGCUGCGAGAAAUAUUUUAGUAUCGGAUAACCAGAUUUUGAAAAUCGCUGACUUUGGUUUAGCCAGAGAUAUUAAAAAUAAGGACUACUACAGAAAAAAAUCAGGUGGCAGACUACCAGUAAAAUGGAUGGCACCAGAGGCAUUGCUUCGUAGGCUAUAUACAGUUCAAUCUGAUGUGUGGUCUUAUGGCAUAUUAUUAUGGGAGAUUAUGACUUUGGGUGGCUCACCUUAUCCCACAUUCACAGACAUGAAGAAACUGUUACGAGAUAUACAUUCUGGGUAUCGCAUGGAGAAGCCUCCGGAUUGCUCUAUGGAAAUGUACAGCAUUAUGCGACAUUGUUGGAAUUACUUACCUACAGAUAGGCCAUCAUUUUCAAUGAUUGUAGAAAAUUUGGAGGAGAUAUUGCAGAAUAGCGGCGAUAAUGAUAUUUUGGAGGAAUCUGAUUCAUACGAGUCAAGUAUGUAGUAUUGACAGAGAGUGCGGCGAAACUGGUCAAGAAGCUUUGAAAGGUGACCACUUAUUAUUAGGUACACCAAAAUAAUUCUUAAAGUUGUUGGUCGAAAAAGUUAUG